AUGCAUAGGCUACUCCUCGCAUUCCUAUCACUAUUUUCACUACCUCUUCUCUGCCUAGCUACUCAUGGUGAUUCCUUCGACCCUUUUCGUCGGCAUCAUCAGCGAUCCCAAUCCAAACCUCGUAAUAUCAAGUAUUGCCUCCAAGAUAAAUACCGUGGAGAGAACAUUCUAAAUUCAUGGAAAUUCUUCUCUGCACCAGAUCCCACACAUGGUAUGGUCGACUAUCAAAGUAGAGAAGACGCGAUCACACAUGGUUUGGCCUACGUACAGAAGGAUGGAACGACAGUGCUCGCCGUGGACAACGUUACUGAGCUUCCUCCAGGCAAAAACCGCGCUUCAGUUCGGAUAAGCUCUCCGAAGACUUACAACCAGGGCCUGUUCAUCGCUGACUUUUGGGCCAUGCCAUUUGGAUGUAGUGUUUGGCCGGCGUGGUGGUCUGUCGGUCCAAAUUGGCCGAACGGAGGCGAGAUCGAUGUACUAGAAGGCGUGCACAACUCAGUCAACAACCAACUCACCCUACACACCUCUUCCGGCUGCUCCCUCGACACCGAAGUGCAACCCCAAGUUUCAGGCUCCAUAAGUGGUCACACCAACUGUGCCUCUAGCGGUGCCGACAACACCGGUUGUGCAUUCAUCGACAGUGAUUGCCGUUCUUACGGACGGGAUUUCAAUCUAAAUGGUGGAGGCGUCUACGCCCACUUGUGGGACAGUGAAGGGAUUAAAGCAUGGUUCUUCUCUAGAGGGGAGAUACCAAAAGACAUCCUCGAAGGGGAACCAAAGCCUGAGUUGUGGCGAAAACCAGUAGCGUUUUGGAAGAAUGGGGAGAGCUGCGAUAUUGGGAAGCAUUUCUAUGAGCACGAAUUGGUGAUCGAUACUACUUUGUGUGGGGAUUGGGCGGGUGCUACGUACGAGGUUGCUGGAUGUCCCGGGAGGUGUACGGAUGCAGUGACCAAUCCCAGGAAUUUUGAUAAUGCUCGAUGGAAGAUUAACUAUAUUGCUGUCUAUCAGCCAGCUUAAGUACUGAGUACUGAGCACACUGAACCUAUACCCCACAUUGACUACAACUUCACAUUCUUUCCAAC